CGCUUGCAGGGAAGCUCCCCCUCCCUCCCAGGGCAGGAUCGCACAUCCCGGGCAGAGAGAGGGAGGGAAGUCACAUCCAUACGCGCUGCCUGGGCACACUGACACAGAGAGUGAGGGGACGGGCAGCGCUGCGCACACGAUGGACAAGUUAUUGGUUGCCCUGUACUUGCUGGGAGUGUGCUGCUCGGUGGCUAUAAUGGAUGAAGUGAGAUCCUCUCCAUUGGACGAUCUAGAAGCAUCAGGAGAUGACGAGGACUUCAUCUCUGGCUCAGGAAUUGAGGAUUUUGAAGUAGAUGAUACAGUGCCUUCUACAUCGGUGUUGCCUUCUGUGCUCAUUUUUGCACCAGAAAAUACAUCACCACAGCCCAACUUAGAUGAAAAAGAUGCUGCAGUAGAGCAUACCACCAUAGAGGUGGCGACAACCAAGUCAAAUGAAGAUCCUAUUGAGGAAUUAGUUGAACCUGUUGUUGUUGUUGGUGUAGGACAUGAUGUGACUACGCACAAGCCUACUACUCACCGUCCAACCACUGUGAAAUCCACAGCUGGUCCACUGGAGAGUAGCACAGAACAAAACCAUCACCCUCAUCACCAUCAUCCUCACCACCAUCAUCACCAUACAACCACAACCAAACCAACUACUGCCAAAGAUCAACUUGAAGAUAACUCGGAUAGUCCAUCAGGUGAGGAUAAGUCUUACGUUCACUACAUUCACCACAAAGUAACAACUACAAGUCCUCCGGACAAUGAGGAGCCCGACGUGCAAAUUCCUGACCAAGACUCUCCAUCUGGAUCAUCCAGUACACCUUAUAUGGAAUAUGAGGAGACAACUGAAGAUCCUUCUGGUGCACGAAUAUUUAUUGGGCAUGAUGAAACGGCAACUACGAAACCUUCUGAAAAUGAGGAGGAUGAUGGUAUGUUUGAAGGUCAUCAUGAGAAGCCAACAACCACAAGUUCGUCCAAUGAGGCAGGUUCCCAUGUCCAGCAUGAUCACCAUAAAACAACUUCCAGUCCAUCCCACCAUGUUGAGCCUGAUGUAGAAGUGCAUCACAGUACAACAGCUGCAGAUCUGAAUAAACAUCAUCAUCACCAUCACCACCACCAUCCUCAUCAUCAUACAACUCCAGAAACAACCACGUCAGUUGAUAAGAAUAUACCACAUCAUGUAGAUGACAGUACAACUCCUGCAGAUUUGAAUAAACAUCAUCACCAUCAUCACCACCACCAUCCUCCUACAACUCCAGAAACAACCACAUCAGUUGAUGAGGAAAUACCUCCUCAUGUAGAUGACAGUAAAGCUCCUACGGAUCUGGAUAAACAUCAUCAUCAUCACCAUCACCAUCCUCAUCAUCAUACAACUACAGAAAGUACCACAUCUACUACAAGCGAUACCAAGCACGCAGAUGAGGUUCCCGUAGAAGUGGGUAAGGGAAGGAUGGCCCAUGGUGCUUCAGCAACUAGCGCUGUUCCUGUAUUGGAUGAAGAAGUCAACAUCCCUGAUCUAGUAGACUUGUCAACUGGUAACAACUCUGCUGUGCUGGAAGAGGGUGAAACUGACUCUAAAGAAGGUGAAUCAUCAGGGGAAGAGAACUUCUUUUUCGUUAAUCGUGAAGUUAUCCAGAAGGGCACAGCACCCCCAAUCAACAGGAUGAUAAAUACUGAUGGUGCUGAAAAAGAAAGCAGUCCCGAUGCAUCCCAUGGAAUAAUGGAGAGGAAAGAAGUUUUAGCAGGAAUCAUUGCAGGAGGCGUAGCCGGCUUGGCAUUUGCAGUCUUUUUAGUUGGGUUCAUGCUCUAUAGGAUGAAGAAGAAAGACGAAGGAAGCUACUCUUUGGAUGAACCAAAACAAUCAAAUGGAGGAUACCAAAAGCCACGUGAACAGCGGGAAUUCUAUGCGUAGGGCGCCAUGAACAUCGGAUUUGAUGGAUUUGCCAUCCCCAGCUUCUUUUUGAUUUUGUUCUCUCCACAGUGUCCACCCUGUGGCUUUUGUUCUUUCCGGAUUUCAAGCUUGAAACGGUUCUCACUCUAAGUUCCGGUCUCCCAAUUCUUCGUGGAGUCGACUUGUUCAAUGUAGGGGAAGACCUUUUGUUUUCUCUCCUGGUUUCUCCUAAACAGAUGAGACUGGCUAAACUCUGGACUUGAAGAAGUGGCUUUGACUCUUUAUUACAAGAAGAAAGCAUAUGUUCCUAUGACACAACAGUGUUUCACAGAAGACCACCUACCAUGCUUUUUUUGGCCAUAAAUUUGUAUAUAUUAGGAUUUUUUUUGUUUUCUGAAGACAGUAUGAUGGUACAUGUAAAAUUCACAUGCUCCUCCUCUCUUGAUAGCACUUACACUGCAAGCAUUCACAGCACAGGUGUAGAAAGGAACCAUUCAGCCAUACAUUUCUAUACAAUAAACACAAACUCAGUAGCCAAGCCUGUAUAUUAACUCCAUCAACUGCUCGCUCAGCUUACAAUGUGGGAAAGCUCUAACUGCCACCCGUAUUUGUGCUAUACUUUGUUGUUGUUGUGUUUUUGUUUUUUUUUUUUAAAUAGUAUAUAUGCAUAAUUAUAAAUGACUGAUAUCCUAACAGCUGAAUGUGCGCCUGUAGUUAUUGGCAAAAACGUGACUUAUACGUCCUCUUAUUGCACUAUUCAUUCCUUGAGCCUCUUGGUUCCAAUUUCGUUGUUUUUUUUUUCUGCUUUUCUAAAAAAAAAAAACAAUUUGUCGCUGCUGUCAUGCUUUAUCGUAUUUGCCGUAAUUGCCUAGGAUCACAUAGGAACGCUCCAACCAGAUUCUAACCUAUUAUUGCUCUCUUCAUACAGGAAUCUGAACAGUGCCAAUUAGACUUUAUAUCAAAUAUUUCUUGAGAAAUGGGCCAAGACUGCAGAUCAGAUAUAUUGUAAAGGCAUUUUUUGUUUUGUUUACCCCCCCGUGGGAGUUAAGCCUUAUUUUUCCAUCUUAACAUAACUGUACUAUAACAUGCAAACCUAUUGCUUUAACCCUAUCCUGUUAUGGUGCCACCAAAAACAGAAUUCAGAUAUGUAGGGUGUACAAGAUACCUGUCUUGUUGACGGUGUUUGCCAUUUUUUUCUUUUAAUUUCUUUUUAUAUAUUUUUUUUUUAAUCAGUCUAAAUAAAAGUUGCCAUUUUUCGGCAUGUAGAUUGUCAUAGGAAAGUUUUUGGGGUUUUUUUUUAAUCAGUUUUUGUUGGCAUGAUAGGGUUUUUUUUAGAAAGUUAAUUUUCUUUAGACUUUUUUUUAUUACAGGCUACAACUUUUGUUGCCAUGUAUAUUAAUGUUCUAGGUUUUUAGUUCUACAAUAUCCAACUUUUCAUUCCGUGAGAAUAUCUACUAUACUUUCUUGGCAAGAAUAGACAGUGCUGGCACCAGAUUUCUAUUCAGUGCAAUUGGUUACGGAACCUUUGGGCGUCCUGUCCAUUACAGGUUAAGAUGAAUGUUCAUUAGGCUCAAUAGGAUCCAGAACAAAGAAUAGUGUGUUAGUUAAAGCCUUCGAAAGGAGGGGGGGGGGGUAUUUGUAUCUGUAUAUAGAUUUGUCAGACAUGAACAUCCCUGUAUCGUUAUCAUCCCCUGGACAAAAUAUUUCUCCUUUAGUAGUGUUCUACUAGCAAAGGGCUAAAAUCUCAGGGAUGGGGUGGUUGAAAGCUAAAAAGGCAAUAAAUAGGAAUUCUUUGUAUAUCUCGUUCAAUAAAGACCGAUUAAACGAUGGUUUGCCUUUUUUUUUACGUUUGUACAAAAUGAAGCUCAGAUUUCUGCUCAAUAUUGUACGAGAGAGUCGCUUAUUUUUGAUACUAGUUAAUUGUUGUAAACAUUUCUGUAAUAAGACGUUCGGUGCCGUAACAGUCGCCCUGUGCAGCUCCGGUGGUCGGCGCCAUAUGUUGGCGUGGAGCCCCAGGCGUGGUCUGUCCACGGUUUAGUGUAUUAAUUUUGUUUUGUCUCUUGCUAAAAAGAAAAAUGCCCAUGGAAAGAGCUUUAGUGUUCGGUUUGUAAAGAUUUUUCCUCUUUAUUUGACUGCCAUGUUGACUGAUCAGACAUGUUAAUUGUUUUUUCAUUGCCGUACACUAAAAAGUCGCCUUUCUGAGCAUUGGGAACGUAGCACGUUUCUUCAUCUUUCUUUCCGCCAGGAAUUUGUUCACAUUACUUAUUUGUAAUGCAUUUUAAACGCAAAGAUUCAAUAAAAUUAACUUUGGAGACAGUC